GUCAGGACCUCACAGCCCUCUGAAGGACACUGCUGCUGCAGCACCACAGAGCUGGGGCUUGACAGCAAACUAGAGCAGAACAUCUGCUGGAAAUUGUGUAGGUUUCCAGAUCCUGUCAAGAUCUUACUGAAGAGAUUAGUCUUGGAUGCACCAUGAUCUCCACUGUCCUCCUCCUCUGGACUGUGCCCUGUGUGGCAAACCACAUCCUCGGGGGUUUUGCCAAGGGUGGGCUGCAGGAGGGUCCCCAGCUAGCAUGCAGCCUGCCCGGACCCCCUGGGCCACCUGGGCCACCCGGUGCACCUGGGACUCCAGGGACAGUGGGCAGGAUGGGCUUCCCAGGGAAAGAUGGCAAGGACGGGGAGGACGGGAAUAAAGGAGAGCAUGGGGAUGAAGGUCCACAAGGCAGAACAGGAAACCCUGGCAAGCCAGGACCAAAGGGGAAAGCUGGAGCUAUUGGCAAGGCAGGCCCAAGAGGACCCAAGGGUUUAAAAGGAAAUCCUGGAAAAAAUGGAGCACCAGGAAAGAAAGGUCCCAAAGGGAACAAAGGAGAGACUGGGAUGCCAGGACCCUGCAUCUGUAGUGCCAACAAAGCCAAAUCUGCCUUCUCUGUGGCUGUUUCCAAGAGCUACCCAAGGGAAAGGCUGCCUAUUAAAUUUGACAGGAUCCUCAUGAAUGAGGGAGGACAUUACAAUGCUUCCAGUGGGAAAUUUAUAUGCAGCAUCCCAGGGAUUUACUACUUCACUUAUGAUAUCACUUUGGCCAACAAGCAUUUGGCCAUUGGCUUGGUCCACAACGGGCAGUACAGGAUCAAGACUUUUGAUGCCAACACUGGGAACCAUGAUGUUGCCUCUGGAUCAACCAUCCUUUCCCUAAAGCAGGAUGAUGAGGUGUGGCUGCAGAUCUUUUACUCUGAACAAAAUGGGCUCUUUUAUGAUCCCUAUUGGACAGACAGCUUGUUUACUGGCUUCCUGAUAUAUCCUGACCAAGAUUAUCUCAAUGAAAUAUAGGAUGAGAACUUAGCCUGUGGUAAAAAAUAGGAAAUGCAUGAAAUGAAACCUCAGGCCAGCAAAGUGGAACCUAUGCAUGGAUAUGUGGGAUCAUACAAUACCACCUUUUUUGGCACUAACAUCCAAUACUGUCUCUUUAGAUUUUGACUUGAUGCCAUCAACUAGUCCACAGGGUACCAGGACCAGUAGGCUUCACUUUCAAGCAGCCUCAUGAAUCUCUAAAUCUCAAAGUCACCCUUUUGUUUUCUGCAAGAUUCCAACAGGGCAUGGACAUGAGACUCAAAUACUGGUGCAGGAUGCUCUGAUUAUUAUAUUCCUAUUAUAAAGCAUGGAGCCCAACAACCAUUUCCUGAAAGCUGAGGUCAGAAGUGCCACUGAUGCUGGAGAUAGUACCACUGCACUGCCUUCCCCUACACCCCAUAAUGCUAAUGAUCCUUGUUAAUACAGAAUUACAUUUUACCAGCUACUUAAAAGCCAGGAAGCUGCCAUCUAAAGAUGUAAAAGUAAAAGCAGCUCUGAGCCUCAUCAAAGCAGUACUAACAAACAAAGGCAUCCAGUCUAAAUAGGAAAUGACACAAAAGAGAGAUCUCAGUUUUAAGGUUAAAGGUAAGACACAAGCUGUUGCACUGAGCAUCACUGGAGUUUUUCAGGUUUCAGCCUCAAUAUAUCACCACUGGAGCCCUGCAUCUGGUUUCAGACAGGCACUGGCAAGCUGUGACCAGAGCCUAAAGUGGACUCUGCAAACCAGAUACCUGGGGACCUCCAACCCAUGGCAUAGGGUGGAAUUUGCUGAUAAGACUCAACAGUCAAAGACAGCUUGAACCUUCACUCCAAAACCAUACUCAUUAACACUCCCUCCAUCCCUGCCAGCCUUUGCUAGAGCUUGUGGUGCUGCCAAGAUCCUCCUCAAGAGCUUAGUGCUACAGAUAGACCCUACCUUACUGAUAUUUUGCUUUUUUAUGUUGUAUGGCAAAUAUUACAGAUGAUAAACCCCCCAAUGUUCUAAAUUAUAUGGAAAAAAAGUAACAGGAAAAUUCAGAAGCCCAGCUUUUGCUCAGAUGAGAUUUUUGCUUGUGCUAAGUUGAGCUUAGCAUUUUUUUCUUCCUCCUCUGUAGCAACUGAUACAGGGAUAUGCUCCAAACUGGUUCACUAUUACCAGAGCAAAGAAUUCUCCUGCUAUAGAGACUCAUUCUGGCUGCCUUGGCCCAGGGUGUCCAACACUCCUGCAGCACAGUGGUCUCUUAGUAGCCAGAUGGCAGGAGUCUUCCUCACUAUCAGAUGCAUCUUCCUGAGUUCCACUAAUAUUCUCAUCUCCUUUCUCACUUAAUGAAACUCCCAUGAACUUCCAAGUUCCUCUAAUCUCCAUAUUUAGUCACUGAAGGGAUAUCCCACAUGAACAAAGGUUUGGGGGGUUUUUUAUCUUAUUUUCUCAAGUCAAAAUAUUUGCAUGAUUUUUGUGAACUUCAGUAACUGUUAUAUGUUACAACGAUAUU